AUGUUCGGUUCUCGCGUCUCUUCACCAUUAUACCCAUCAUUCAGCCAUCACUCCUAUACAUCAGAAGACUCAGGCUCCGCUACUACUGCGCCUAUCCUGCCCACAGGCGGAUGCCAAUUUAUCCUCUUGCACUCAUCUACUCCUGACCAGCGCUGCUCAUGCCAGGGCUUCCGCCUCCAUGAGAGCUUACCGGGAGCUCACUGCUAUUUAGCCUUGAUGGAUAAGAUGCGAAGACUUGAAGCUCAAUAUGAGCAUGAAAGGAAAGUCUGGCAGGAAGAGUUGAAUGAGGAGCGACGAGCUCGUCGGGAAGAUAUUCGCGUUCUUCGAGAGGCGAUGUAUUCAUUGUAUAAAGUUGUUGAGCAAGAUAUCCCGCGACAGUUUGAAUAUGUGGAGGAUAAAAUUGAAGGAUUGGUGGAUAGUCAACAGCAGUUACAAGAGAGGGUCAUGACUGUGGAUGAUUCGACUAUGGCUUUGGAAGACCGAGUGGCUAAUUUAGAAGAUGAACAAGAUUCGAACGAUGAAGGGGCAGUCGAUGAUGAGGAUGAAGUUGUUGGAGAAUCUACAGAGCAAUAUGGCAGCGACAUGGCUGCGCUUGAUACCUCUCUCGCUGGGCAGAUAGCAGUCCGCCCAUCUGUCCGCGAUGGGUUUCCCGCUUCAGGCAGCGAUGAAGCUUCUAUCAAACUUGCUGAAGCCUCACGGAAGACACAUCUGGACGACCAAGAUCAGUCAUUCCAACUACCACCGAACCCUUUGCAUGCUGUCAACCCUGCGCAAUUGAAGCGUAAACGGCAUGGGGUUGAUCAUGAAAUGGCCGAGUCUACUGCUGAGAGCAGACAUUCUUUCACCCUACCAAGCCCACCGCCUCUCUCACUUUCAAGUCCAGAUCAGGGCCCUUCUCGGUGUCAUAGCGAGCCAAGCAUUGCACCAUACUCUUCAUUCGGUCUGACGAGUUGA